UCACAUCUGGUUUCCAAAAGAUGGUUUUUUCAAGGAUUUCAUCAACACUCCUAAGAAGGAGAAACCCAUUUACAUCAAAACCCAUAUCUUCCUUUUCUUCCAUAAGCUCGAUUUCAUCAUCCCCUUCAAACAAUUUUAACCUAACCACCAUCUCAAAAUUCCACCCCCAAAUCUUUUCAAACCCUAGAACUACCGACUUUUUCCAAAUCAGACAAUAUAGUGCCGAAACCCCAAGCCUAAUCGCCCAGGGAAAAAAGAAGCAAAGAAAAGUCCUGAUCCGAAAAAAAUAAAAUUGGCUCAAUAUAAACGCAAAGUCACUUUAGUCUAUGAAGCUAUGGAGAAGGUUGAAUAUUCGAAAAGGAGUUGGGUAACUUGGCCGUCUUAUAAGGGGGAUGCCAAACGUGUAAAUAAUGCUGUAAACAAUGCGUUGAAGAAAUAUUAUGAGGCACUGUCAGUAUUGGGCGAGGAUGAAAGAAAGGAUGUUGAGAAGGCCAACGGGUGGGUAAUUAAUGAAAUGUUAGAUAUGCAAAAGAAAACGAUGAGUGAUGAGCUGAUGAAUUUUGAUGAGGUUCUUAAGAUAUGGAACAAGGCCACUUUUGGAGAGGAGGAUCCGGAAGGAAGUGGAGGCACUGCAAGUUAGGAAAACCGUCAUGGUUUCCGUUUCUCAGAG